AUGGAGGCCCAUACACUUAAUGUAGAUGCCGCAAAAACUGCCUCAGUUGCUCAGCCUGUCCGAACCUAUUCUUCCAAGACCAGGCAGACUUCAAAGAUAUCUGCUUCUCCUUCAAAGGCAAAAGAGACUGUUUCAGUGGAUAAGCCAGCUGAAACAACAAAUGUUAUAAAGAGCCCGGUGACUCAACAGACUUCAAAGGUUCCAACUCCUCAACCAUCAACCAAAGCUUUUGAGACACAAACUGUCUCAUCAACAUAUGCAUCCUUUCCUCCCAUCAUCUUAACAUCAAUGCUUGAACUGGUAGACCAUGAUUUGGUCCUUCAAUCACCUUGCUAA